UAUAACGAUACUUAGUAAUCAUAAAAGUAUUGCUUUUAAAGGUAUUAAUUUGAUUAAAAUUACACGGCUGAUUGUAUGACUUAGGAAUUAAGUAAGACAUUGUGACUGUUGUACAUUAUUGACAGAACAGAUCAUUAAAAUGAAGCGACAGAGAAUUAAUGUACAUAGACAGAGGCCGAAAUUAGAACUGGUGGUUGAAGCGUUAGAAAAGAGUGGUUGGAAAUCCGAAAUAACUCAACAAGAUCACCAUGGUGACACUGAUGUGGAUGAGAUCGCAAAGAAACCCGACCAACAGACAAACAUUUUGAUUCCCCACAAGUACGCCGAUAAACCCGAAGGUGAUGACUUUGGAGCGGCAUUAUGUACCUACAAAGACUACUUGGAUUUCGGAAAUAUAUAUUACCGACACUUCUUUCAGAAAGUUGAGCCGAACCAACCUGCUUCAAAAAUGAAGAUAAAAGAUGGCGAUGAACUUUUGCUUCUGAACGAAGUGUUUGUUCCAGCUUUGAUGCACAGAGAAGUACUGAACUUGUUUCACGGUGUCAAAGUAGAUGGAAAAACACGGUUAUCUUUGGUAAUACGAAGGAAGCUGAUCAAACAGAAAUGGGAGUGGAUUGAAACCAGUGCUGUUCUUUCUCCGGAAAACCAGAUAUAUGCUGAUUUAGAAUGCCGAAAAUUAGCACGUGUCAAGCCGAUUUGUAGACCAAUGAGCAAACUCUCUUAUCAAGUACAUGGCACCGAGAAAUAUCUAGGCUAUCGUGACGGUGAAGACUGGAUUGGUAACAAAAGAAGAACCCCUCCAGCAGUUACUGAUUUAAAAUACAACGAAGUGGAUGGUGACAAGAUAAUUUAUAGACCAAUGAGUCAACACUUUUAUAAAGUACCUGGCUCAGAGAAGUAUGUAGACAUUCGUGACUGUAAAGUUUGGAUUGAUACAAUGAAUAGUGGCGAUAACAAAACAAAGAUAAUCUGGAAACAUCCAAAGAUUUGGCAGGCAGACACUGAAGGACAUAUAAACUUUGCAACUACUCUUUGUGACAUGACAAAGAAGUGGUACAUUGCUAUUGAUCCGGAGGACCAGAUCACUGUAGAACCUGACCCAGUCUGGUUUAAAAUGAUCAAGACGGGAAGUAACAUACGCUUUCAGUUCCGAAAGUUGUACCUUGGAUAUAACUUGAAGAAUGAUGAAAUGCAAGCGCAAGUUACUGAUUACUUGUUUGAAGAACUUCCCGCACCUUCUGUUGGCACUGUAGAUGGUUCAGUAAUCAAUAAACAAUACUGAGCAAUUCUCUGGAAAAGAACCACUUGAUAUAAAUGUUAAGUCAUCACAGACCGGAAUUAACUCUUUAUUGUGGAAAUGUCAAGACGUCAGAUACAGGAAAGUCUAACAGAGAAUGAUGCAGACUUUUAUGAAUCAGCGUUUGGUGAAAUUGGACUUUGGAAACUAAGUAACAAUACCCUCAUCAUUAUUCCAAUGCUGUAUAGUAUAUCUCUUGGGGAUGUUCUUUUCACAUAAAUUUAUACGGACAUGGAGUCGGUGUAAAGCAACCGUUAAUGACACAUUGUUGCAUAUUUUAUGUUAUUGUCUCAAGAGAAAUGGUGAUAAAUACAAGCAAUGGAAUUUUCUCCUGCAGACGCACGUCGUCCAUAAUAAUUGAAACUUUAGCAUCUCAGGAUCAAAUAAACACUGUUAUUCAAACUCAUUUAUAGAUACAUGUAUAUGAAGUUAGGAUGUUUUAAUAACUAGUUUGGUGAACAUAAGAAAUAUAGAAGCAUUACAUCAUGUAGAAUGGUAUACAUUUAAUGUGUUCGUUUGUAUCUCUUACAGUUUGUUUCGGUAUAAGGGUAACUAAUGUGGGGAUUGAGAAAUGUGAAUAUAUGUACAGAGUCACCUCCCAUUCUUUGCAAUGUAGUAUUACUCGAUAAAUGUUUUGUUUAUAGACACACGUUAUUGAAAAACGACCUAAUGUUUACUUUUAAAGUGUACAUAUUGAACUAAACGCAUUACAAUCUGUGGUCAAUUUCAUAUUUUUGUAUUUACUGAAAAAACAACAGCUGAAAUCAGUCAUUUUUUUAUUUUGACAAUUACUUAAAAAUUACUGAAAGUAUUUUCUAGAAAUUUAGUAAAAGCUUUGAAUAAUACAUUGUUGACAAAAUUAAACAGUUCAAGAAAAUUAAACAAAAACAUCGAAUACUACUCAUUUUACAACAUCAACCCAUAUUAAAAAGUCGAAACAGUACACUUUAAUGUCUGGAAUAUACAAUCUAGCGGUAAACAUUACGGAGGACGAAAUUAUUAAGAACACGAAAUAACAUCCAGAGAAGAUCAUUUGAUAUUUGUAAAAUAUUUGCCCAUUUUAUAGUAAAAAAGCAAAAUCGACACCUCUGUAUUCUUCUAAACGGUAUUCACCCGUUUUCAAAAGACAGCCAUUUCUUGUGUAUUUUUGUGAUUUUGAGAAUUUGGGAUGUGGUAUUAAAAUGUGAAUGAAGUUGCAUCUUUGCAUCAUUUUGAGAUUUCUGAAAUUUGACAUGUUAUUAAAAACAUGUUGAUAAUAUAAAAGGUAUAUUCAGCAAUGUUUAAAAUAUUGAAGAAAUGGCAAAUACGGGUUACUUGUUUUGUUAUGUAUGUGUAUGUCUGUAUUUUCUAACAUUUUACAAGGUUGUUUUGAAUUUAUCGACGUUCUCAAAUUGUUCUGGUCUGAAGUGUAUUCCUGUCGAAUGAAGCAAUAACAGGCUUACACUUCCGACCUUUACACAUGUAUUUGCAAUAAAUGUGACACUGUCCGGUUAAACUAUUACAUACAAUCUAAUGCCGCUU